GCGCCAUUGGGUACUUCCUGAACUGCGUACUACGAUACUAAAUAGUAUCUCAAAAUAGUAUGAGACUCAUAGGUGGCGUGUUGCUUCAACCGCACUCUUUAGUAUGCUAGUAUGCGGUAUCGGACAUAGCUGUUGUCUCAGGUAUUAAUCCGCCCAUAACGGUUAGCUCGCUUUCCUUUAUUUCUCAGAUGGUGUGUCUCCUCAUAUCAUUGUGUCUUUGUAGCUGAUUUCAGCCUUGUAUUGCAGCUUAGCUGUGCUCUUCCAGGAUGUAUUUAUCUGUUCAGGCGAGAUAAUUGUGAAAAAAAGACAGCCACCAAGCUAGCUAACUGGCUAACAUUUAGCUAAUGUAGCUACAGAAUUGCGGAUGUGUUUUCAUGUUUUGUAGCUGAUAAAGUGCUGUGGUCCGCUCCAGUAAUACAUCAGUGAUAUAUAGGAGUAAACACCUGUACAUCAGGCUGCAAUUGUCGCUGGGUUUCUUAUCAUCUGCAAUGUUUCAGGAUAUAACUGACUCGUAUUUGUUUUUUUUUUUAAUAUAUAUAUAUAUCUGCUGUUUAUCAGUCUAGUUGUUAAGAAACAGUGGAAAUGUGAUGUGAACGCCAUGUAUUGUAAAAACUGCCUCACCAGAAUUACCUUAACACAGACUGUAACACUGAUCUUUUCUCUUUUAAAAGUUUAUACAUGGCAUGACUAAAUGGACGGUUUUGCCCUUUCGCAUAAUUCUUCCUACAAACACUUGUAAUAGGCAGAUAAGUCUGAAAUAAAUCAUAUAUAGCAUGUAGCCAUAGUCAUAACUGAUUUUCUGUCAAAUUAAGUCUUUUGGAGCAGACAGUAACUUAAAAAUGAGACAGUAGUUAUAUUUAUGUUUUAUGUGAAAUUAGUGAUGGGGGAAAUAGUUUUAAUGGGAGUUGUAUUGGUAUUAAUGGACUCUGUAGUGGUCCCUGUGGGUUUCUACUGGUGACUUGUUCCCUUACAGUAUAUAGGUUGCAUGUUAUGUCUAGUGGAUACCAUUAGAGUUGCAACUAACGAUUAUUUUCAUAAUCAAUUAGUUGUCCGAUUAUUAUUAAUUUAUUAUUAUUUAAUCGAUUAAUCAGAUGAGGGAAAACUUUCAGUGCCAUUUUUUCAUAUAUUUUAAAUAAAAUCCACAAACUGAGUUACAAAUAUAAACUUAAGACUAAAACUUUACCCAACUGUUUGUCCAAAUAUAUAAGACUGAAAAGAACAGAAGAAACAGACACACACCAGAAUAUAUAUUAUUAAUUUAGUUCUGUAGUUUAAUUCCAUGCUUUUUUUUUUCAUCUAUAAAAAGCAUUGAAUUCUACAGACCUAGCGAUCCCUGGUUGAUUGGUAGAACCUGUCAUUAACAAAAAUAUAUAGAAUAUUAUUUAAACAUUUUAAAAAGUUUCCUACAGACCCCCUGCAAUUACACCACUGACCACCCUCCUUGGCAUACUCUCUAUUCAUUGACUACGAUUUUCAUAAUCGAUUAGUUGUUGCUAGUCUAGAUACCAUUAAUGACCAAUAAUGUUAAUGGUUUUAAUGGUUAGCUGAUGGUUUGUAAUGGUAGUUGUAGUGGAAAGUGUGAUGGUUUCUGUUGUUUUUUUUCAGCCGGGAAGUUUAACAUCGAGCGGUCACUCUGGACAACCUGUGUUAAUUUGGUAGCGCCAGCAGCCAUGGCACAGGAUGGUGUUAUUUUGCAAUUCAGUUUCGCCACAUUUGGUGACUCCAUGCUCCAGAAGAUGGACGUGCUUCGAAAAGACAGACGUUUCUGCGAUGUCAUUGUGCACAUCAAUGACAUCGAGAUUCCUGGUCACAAAGUUGUGUUUGCUGCUGGCUCUCCUUUCCUCAGAGACCAAUUUUUCCUUCAGGACUCGCACGAAGUUGAGAUAUCGACACUGCAGGACGCAGAAGUUGGACGGAGACUACUUCUCUCUUGCUAUACAGGGACUCUUGAGUUCCCGGAGCUGGAACUGGUCCAUUAUUUGACCGUAGCCAGUUUUUUACAGAUGGGCCACAUUGUGGAGCAAUGCACAAAGGCCCUGAAUAAGUUUAUUAAGCCUCAGAAAAUUGAGGAUUCCCAUCAGCCUUCCAACAUUAACACACAGCAGCAAGAGCUACCACAUAUUCAAACAGUGUUUGAUGAUGAUGAUGAUGAUGAUGAUGAAGAAGAGGCGGACAAUGUGAUUGAAGACGACAAUGACGACGAUGUAAUCAUUGAACCAAGAUCACCUCCUGUGUUUCAGAGGAAAUGCCAAGGAGAGGAGAGCCCCAUCAAUAUCAUUAAAGUGGAAUCAGUGGACGAUCGAAUGCAGAUGUCUCAAAAUUUACAGAGUGGUCCUGCUCGGUCCCCUGCACUGUGCUCCCCAGAGCCCCAGCACUCGCUGAUUAACUCGACCGUAGAGACGCGGCCUGCUGAGAUGGCCCCUAAUGCCAUUCUCGACUAUGCGCUCUCCUCUCCUGGACCCAGCGGCUUGGGGAAGGAGAAUGUGUGGAGCUGUUCUCGGAAUACUGACAAAGGCAUGCAAUGGUACCACCAGUGCCCAAAAUGCGCCCGCGUCUUCCGCCAGUUAGAGAACUAUGCCAACCACCUGAAGAUGCACAAGCUGUUUAUGUGCCUCCUCUGUGGCAAGACAUUUACCCAGAAAGGGAACCUGCACCGGCACAUGCGCGUCCAUGCCGGAAUCAAGCCAUUCCAGUGCAAAAUUUGUGGCAAGACAUUCACGCAAAAGUGCUCACUGCUUGACCACUUGAACCUGCACAGCGGCGACAAACCGCACCGCUGCAACUACUGUGAAAUGGUGUUCGCUCACAAACCUGUCCUGCGCAAACAUUUGAAGCAGAUCCAUGGCAAGAACAGUUUUGACAAUGCCAAUGAAGGUAGUAUGCUUGAAGGGUUUUAAAUCUACAGUACUAUGGCUACUAAAAACUUGUGUAAAGACCUUUAUGGUUUAUGAAACUGAAAAUCAUCCUGUAUAUAUGGCCUUUUAUGCACACAAAUUGUUAAAUAUGUACCCAUCAUAUGAACUAGGGCUGGACGAUUAAUCGAAACCGAAAUUCAGAACCUCUAACCGACGUAAUUUCCCCUUGUUGAUUAUUUCAUUUUUAAAAUCCUGUUACUACUUUCUCCUUAAGAACAUACCAACGCAUAUGUAGUCACGUGACUCCGCACCAUCCAGUCAGCGGCAUGGAAGCAACUAGGAGGUGGACUCGAACACAGAGUUAACUGAGCAACAGAAGCAGUUUGUAUCAAAGAAAAACACUGUCUUGUUUGGACACAUUUUUGCUUCAGUAAAGAAGACACCGAACAAAAAGACAUCAAAUGUAAACAUUGCAGAAAAACUGUUCUGGUAAUGCGGUUUAUUGGUGAUAAUACCACCAAUAUCACCAAUACCACCCAGCAACAAGUGCCUCCACAAAGCAUGUGUCGAUAACACAAGCAUUUAAAAGUUGCUACACAAUAUGAAAAAGAUUCAAGAAGAUGGAAAGAAAUAACUGAUGCCAUUUGUUACUACAUCGUGAAAGAUAUGGCUCCCAUAGCUACAGUGGAGCGCAGUGGGUUUAAAUACCUCGUUAAAACUCUCGACAGAACAUAGACUAUGCCAUUGCAACUAUAUUUUCCCCAAACUGCACUGGCCAACAUGUACAAAACAUGUCAUAAAAAGGUAGCUGCUGCACUGAAGUCUGCAGUUUGCAGCCACAUCUGAUCUCUGCUCAAGUAGGACCAUGGUUUAUAUAAUUUAAUAGUAUAGAAUAGUAGCUGAAUAAUUUGUGUUUCCCUUUAAUUAUUUUGAAGUCAAAAAGACAAGAAAUGCACGCUUUCAUUAGAAAAAAAUAUCCCAACUUUAAUAGUUGAGCAUAUUCACAGUACAAAUCUUGUCAGUAAACUAUGAGGGCAACCCAGCCCCCCCAAAUAAUCGUUCAUUAAUAGUAAUCGCGAUAAAACGAUCAAUUAAUCGAGACUUUGAUUUUAGGUCAUAUCGUCCAGCCCUAAUAUGAACUCCAUUACUUGUAUGGUUAUGUAGUUGGUCAUUGUACUGUAUUCAACAGCUGCUGUUUUUAAUCAUUUUAAAUGAAUGGUUGGCUUGUCAUGGUUACACUAAGUUGGGCCCUUAAACCUCAACUGCUUAGUUGUAUACUUUCUCAGCUGUUAGUCACUUUAAUUAAAAGCAUCAGCUAUUCUGUCCUGGAUAGAUACCAGCUAUCCUUAAAGUGUUUUUAGUGGGACCUCUGCAAAAUCCGCAUGAAACCUCAGUCAUGAUUCAUGUUAUUUCCUCAACUGUCUUUUCCAACAGUGUAAAUUCAUACUGAAAUAGAAUGAUUUUUCUAAUUCUACCUGUGAGGUUACUGGCAAACUUGUGAUUCAUUAAAUAAAGUGUCAAUUAUAAAUCA